UUGUAGCCAAAUAAUAAUAACUUGUUUUCAUCUCUAUACCGUAUCAUCAAAAAGAAGAAUUGAAUUGCAUUUGGAGUAAAUAAUCAAAGAUGAACUUGAAGACGAGCAGUGAGGUAGAGACAAGGGCUCUACUUGAUGAGAUAUGUAGCUUUGAUAGGAAAGGUCUGUUUGACCUUGGCCACCCUCUUCUUAACCGCAUUGCUGAGAGUUUUGUCAAAGCUGCUGGAAUUGGUGCUGUUCAAGCUGUCUCUCGUGAGGCUUAUUUCACUGCCAUUGAUGGUCACAAGGUUGAUAAGGGUGGCGUUAUUCCACAAGAUGUUUCACCAACCAACAAACGUCGUUUGCCAGCAGGUCUUAGAGGAGAGACCAGUAACAAAUCCCUCGAUGCCAUGGUGAUUAACACUGGGAAAGAGUCCUUACAAUGGGGAGUGGCUGCAGGAAUAUACUCCGGCCUAACAUAUGGGCUGAAGGAAGCUCGAGGAGCUCAUGACUGGAAAAACAGUGCAGUUGCUGGAGCAAUCACCGGGGCUACCCUUGCACUUACAUUGGAAGACUCCACACAUGAACAUGUUGUUCAAUGUGCUAUCACUGGAGCUGCAAUCUCAACUGUUGCAAAUCUUCUCAAAGGGAUUUUCUAAAUGGGUACUCUGUCUAUGGAUAUUUGCUUUUACUAAAUCUUUUUUUUUUUUUUAAUUGUAAAAGUUCCUUAUACAUAUUUAAGAUGGACUUGUAAGAAUUUCCUUUUGAAUUUUUUUAGUUAUCAUUUAUGAUGCUUUUCUCCUCUA